ACACACACACACACACAAACGCACACACCAGUACAGGGACAAGGCAGAGGGUGGCUGGCUGAGUAUCAACUGGUGACUUUAUUUUCUAUUUCUCUGUAGGUCAGCUCUCUUAUGUCUUGAAGGGAUGGCUGAAGCGGCUGAAGAGGAAGAAAUUCAGUUUCUGCGCACGGACGACCAGGUAGUGUUGCAGUGCACCGCGUCCAUCCUAAAGGAGCAGAUCAAGUUGUGUUUGUCAUGCGAAGGCUUCGGAAACCGUCUCUGUUUCCUGGAGACCACCUCCAACGCCCAGAAUGUUCCCCCAGACUUGGCCAUCUGCUGCUUCAUAUUGGAGCAGUCGCUGUCUGUACGGGCACUGCAGGAGAUGCUGUCCAACACUUCUCUGGAUGAGGCAGUUGAUUUGGACAAAUGGUCAUCACAGGGAGGGGGUCACCGAACCCUGCUGUAUGGACACGCCAUCCUGCUCAAACACACCCACUCAAGCAUGUACCUGUGCUGUUUGACCACCUCGCGUUCCCUGACCGACAAGCUGGCCUUUGAUGUGGGCCUGCAAGAGGACUCUACAGGGGAGGCGUGCUGGUGGACCAUCCACCCAGCCUCCAAGCAGAGGUCCGAGGGGGAGAAGGUCAGGGUGGGAGACGACCUCAUCCUGGUCAGUGUGUCCUCAGAGAGAUACCUGCACCUCUCCUACGCCAGUGGGGACUUGAUGGUGGACGCCUCCUUCAUGCAGACCCUGUGGACCAUGACGCCCGUCAUGUCCGGCUGUGAGCUAGCUGAAGGGUUCCUGACCGGAGGCUAUGUCCUCCGCCUGUUCCACGGACACAUGGACGAGUGUCUGGCCAUCCCCGCUGCCGACCAGGGAGACGACCAGCGCAGAGUGGCUCAUUACGAGGGCGGCGCCGUCUGCAGCCACGCCCGGUCACUAUGGCGACUAGAGCCGCUUCGCAUCGGGUGGAGCGGGGGUCACAUCAAAUGGGGCCAGUCCUUCCGGAUCCGCCACAUCACCACGGGCCGCUACCUCUGUCUGGACGAGGAGAAGGGCCUGCUGGUGGUCGACCCCGAGAAGGCCAACUCCAAGAUGUCCGCCUUCUGCUUCCGCAUCUCAAAGGAGAAGAUCGAGGUGGCUAAGAAGAGGGACGUGGAGGGCAUGGGCAUCCCGGAGAUCAAGUACGGGGAGUCCAUGUGCUUCGUCCAGCACCUCACCACUGGACUGUGGCUCACGUACGCCGCCGUGGACGCCAAGUCAGCCCGCCUCGGACCCCUGAAGAGAAAGGCCAUCCUCCACAAAGAGGGCCACAUGGACGACGCCCUGACCGUGGCUCGCUCCCAGACCGAGGAGUCACAAGCCGCCAGGAUGAUCUACAGCACCAACGGCCUCUUCAACCAGUUCAUCAAGGGUCUGGACGCUCUGAACGGGAAGAACAAGUCGGGCGGCGCGGGCUCGCUGCCCAUGGACACGGUGGUGCUCGCCCUGCAGGACCUCAUCUUCUACUUCCACCCCCCCGAGGAGGAGCUGGAGCACGAGGAGAAGCAGUCCAAGCUGCGCUCCCUGAAGAACAGACAGAACCUCUUCCAGGAGGAGGGAAUGAUCACUCUGGUUCUGGACUGUGUGGACCGCCUCAACGUCUACAACACGGCUGCACACUUUUCUGAGUUUGCUGGAGAGGAGGCUGCUGAGUCCUGGAAGGAGAUUGUUAAUCUACUGUAUGAACUGCUGGCUUCGUUGAUCAGAGGGAACCGCUCCAACUGUGCUCUUUUCUGUGACAACCUGGACUGGCUGGUCAGCAAGCUGGACCGCCUGGAGGCCUCUUCAGGAAUCCUGGAGGUGCUGUACUGCGUUCUGAUCGAGAGUCCAGAGGUUCUCAACAUCAUCCAAGAGAACCACAUCAAGUCAAUCAUCUCUCUGUUGGACAAACACGGUCGCAAUCACAAGGUGCUGGAUGUGCUGUGCUCUCUCUGUGUGUGUAACGGUGUGGCCGUGAGGUCCAAUCAGAAUCUCAUCACAGAGAAUCUGCUUCCCGGUCGCGACCUCCUCCUACAAACCAACAUCAUCAACUACGCCACAAGCAUGCGUCCCAACAUCUUCCUGGGGACGUGCGAGGGCUCCACCCAAUACAAGAAGUGGUAUUUCGAGGUGAUGGUGGACCACGUGGAGCCCUUCCUGACCGCCCAGCCGGUGCACCUGAGGGUGGGCUGGGCCCUGACGGAGGGCUAUAGCCCUUACCCCGGGGGGGGAGAGGGCUGGGGAAGCAACGGCGUCGGGGACGACCUCUACUCCUACGGCUUCGACGGCCUCCACCUCUGGUCAGGCCGUGUCCCGCGGAACGUGGCCACGCCCGACCAGCACAUUCUGACCGCCGACGACGUGGUCAGCUGCUGUCUGGAUCUGAGCGUGCCCAGUAUCUCCUUCCGCAUCAACGGACACCCGGUGCAGGGAAUGUUCGAGGACUUCAACCUGGACGGACUCUUCUUCCCCGUGGUCAGCUUCUCAGCUGGUGUCAAGGUUCGCUUCCUGCUGGGCGGUCGCCACGGCGACUUCAAAUUCCUCCCGCCCCCGGGCUACGCCCCGUGCUACGAGGCGGUGUUGCCCAGAGACCGACUGCGCAUCGAGCCCAUCAAAGAGUACAAGCAUGACUUCAACGGCGUCCGCAACCUCCUGGGGCCCACCCAGUCGCUGUCCCACACCGCCUUCACCCCCUGUCCCGUGGACACGGUGCAGAUUGUGUUGCCACCUCACCUGGAGCGCAUCCGAGAGAAGCUGGCAGAGAACAGCCACGAGCUGUGGGCGGUGACCCGCAUCGAGCAGGGGUGGACCUUCGCUGAGGUCCGCGAUGACAACAAGAAGCUGCACCCCUGUCUGGUGGACUUCCAGGGUCUCCCAGAACCCGAGAAGAACUACAACCUGGCCAUGUCUGGGGAGACACUCAAGACUCUGCUGGCGCUGGGCUGUCAUGUGGGCAUGGGCGACGAGAAGGCAGAAGAGAACCUGAAGAGGAUCAAACUACCCAAAACGUAUAUUCAGAGUAACGGGUACAAGCCCAUUCCUCUUGACCUGAACCACGUCAAGCUGACCCCCAACCAGAACACUCUGGUGGAGAGGCUGGCGGAGAACGGGCACAACGUGUGGGCCAGGGACCGUGUCCGUCAGGGCUGGACCUACAGCAUUGUACAGGACAUAUACAACAAGCGUAAUCCCCGGCUGGUCCCUUACAACCUGCUGGAUGAGAAAACCAAGAAGACCAACCGGGACACCGUGUGUGCCGCCGUGCGCACGCUGAUCGGCUACGGCUAUAACAUAGAGCCCCCGGACCAGGAGUGCAGUGGGCCCGGGUCUGGCGGUAACCGCGGCGAUAAGGUGAGGGUCUUCCGGGCGGAGAAGUCCUACGGGGUGACCCAGGGGAAGUGGUACUUUGAGUUUGAGGCGGUGACGGUCGGGGAGAUGAGGGUGGGCUGGGCCCGGCCCAGUGUCCGAGCCGACACCGAGCUGGGCGCAGACGAGCUGGCCUACGUCUUCAACGGCUUCAAGGCCCAGCGCUGGCACGUGGGCACCGAGCCGUUUGGGCGCCAGUGGCUGUCUGGUGACGUGGUGGGCUGCAUGAUCGACCUGACGGAGAUGAACAUCAUGUUCACCCUCAACGGGGAGAUGCUGAUCAGCGACUCGGGGUCCGAGAUGGCCUUCAAGGACAUAGAGAUAGGAGAGGGCUUCAUCCCGGUGUGCAGCCUGGGUCUGUCCCAGGUGGGCCGCAUCAACCUGGGGCAGAACGUCAGCAGCCUGCGCUACUUCACCAUCUGCGGCCUGCAGGAGGGCUUCGAACCCUUCGCCAUCAACAUGAAGCGGGACAUCACCAUGUGGUUCAGCAAGAGCCUGCCGCAGUUCAUCCCCGUGCCCACCGACCACCCCCACCUCGAGCUGUCCCGCGUGGACGGCACGGUGGAGAGCGCCCCCUGCCUGAAGCUGACCCACAAGACGUUCGGCUCCCAGAACGCGGCCACGGACCUGCUGUUCCUGCGCCUCAGCAUGCCCGUGGAGUUCCACCAGACCUACAAGGUGCGGGCCGGCACCACGCCCCUGACCCGCACCCUCACCAUCCCCGAGGACCAGGUGCUGGAGAUGGACCCCGACUCGGAGUACGAGCUGCUGAAGAAGUCGGCCACGCGGCACGAGCAGGAGGAGGACAAGAAGGAGGCGUCGGUGCCCAAGGAGACGCCGGCGCUGAAGAACGGGGAGAACGAGAAGGACGCGUCCACCGAGAAGAGCCGCAAGAAAGGGUUCCUGUUCAAGGCCAAGAAGGCGGCGCUCCUCAACCCCCCCCCGGUGGUGCCCACCAUGCCCCGCCUGAUGGAGGACGUGGUGCCGGACGACCGGGACGACGUGGACAUCAUCCUCAACACCACCACGUACUAUUACUCGGUGCGGGUGUUUGCGGGCCAGGAGGUCAGCGGUGUGUGGGUGGGCUGGAUCACCCCCGACUACCACCAACACGACGCCCACUUUGACCUCACCAAGGUCCGCAACGUGACCUUGACGGUCGGGGACGACAAGGGAAAUAUCCAUGACAGUAUAAAGCGCAGUAACUGCUACAUGGUGUGGGGAGGAGAGUUCAGCGGCUCCCAGCAGACCCGGGUCAGCCAGGAGGACUUCAUCAUCGGCUGCCUGAUCGACCUCGACACCGGCCUCAUGAACUUCACCGCAAACGGGAAGGAGAUCAACACCUUCUACCAGGUGGAGCCAAACACCAAACUCUUCCCAGCGGUCUUUGUCCUGCCAUCCAAUCAGAACGUGAUUCAAGUGGAGCUCGGCAAACUCAAGAACAUCAUGCCGAUCUCGGCGGCCAUGUUCCGCAGCGAGCGUAAGAACCCAGUCCCCCAGUGCCCGCCCCGCCUGGACGUCCAGAUGCUGACCCCCGUCAUCUGGAGCCGCAUGCCCAACCACUUCCUGGCCCCGGAGACAGGCCGUGUAAGCGAGAGGCUGGGCUGGAAGGUGGACUGCUCUGAGCCCCUCACCAUGAUGGCCCUGCACAUCCCCGAGGAGAACCGCUGCAUCGACAUCCUGGAGCUGUCGGAGCGCAUGGACCUCCUCAAGUUCCACUACCACACGCUGAAGCUGUACGACUCGGUGUGCGCGCUCGGCAACAACCGCGUGGCCCACGCGCUCUGCAGCCACGUGGACGAGUCGCAGCUCUUCUACGCCAUCGAGAACACCUACCUGCCGGGGCCAAUGCGCAGCGGCUUCUACGACCUGCUCAUCAGCAUGCACCUGGAGUCGGCCAAGAGGAACCGCCUGGGAACCAACAAGGAGUUCAUCGUGCCCAUGACGGACGAGACGCGCACCAUCACGCUGUACUCCGACCAGGACAAAUCCCACGCCCUGCCCGGGGUGGGCCUCAGCACCUGCCUGAGGCCCAAGCUGCACUUCUCGCCCACGGGCUUCGUGGGGACCAACCAGGACAUCUACACCCUGAGCCCCUUCAUCCCGCUCGAGGUGCUGAAGACCAAGGCGCUGAACAUGGUGACGGAGGCGGUGCAGGACGGGGGCCAGGCCAUGCGGGACCCCGUCGGGGGCAGCGUGGAGUUCCACUUCGUGCCCAUCCUCAAGCUGGUCAGCACCCUGCUGAUCAUGGGCGUGUUCGACGACAACGACGUCAAGCACAUCCUCAAGAUGAUCGAGCCCAGCGUGUUCAGCAGCGAGGAGCCGCCACCGCCCGCCGAGACCAAAGCUCCGGAGAACCCCCCCAGGCUGGCCCUCAAAGCCCCGGCCAAGAAGAGAGAGGGGGAGGACGAGGAGGAGGAGGAGUACGCCACGGAGGACGAGGAGUACGAGGAGGACGACGAGGGAGUGGGGGAGGAGGACGAGUACGAAGGAGAGGACGAGAUGGACGAGGUGACGGAGCCCGCCGCCAAGGGGGCGAAGCAAGUGAACGGAGAGAAGGGGGCGGAGGAGACGGAGAAGGAGGGGAAGAACGGAGAGGCGGCCGGCGAGGCCAAGGAAGUGAAGGAACAAGGACUGUUCCAGAUGAAGCUCCCGGAGUCGGUUAAACUGCAGAUGUGCACUCUGCUGCAGUACUUCUGUGACUGCGAGCUGCGCCACAGGGUGGAGGCCAUCAUUGCGUUCUCGGACACGUUUGUCUCCGAGAUACAGUCCAAUCAGAGGCAGCGCUACAACGAGCUCAUGUUGGCCUUCACCAUGUCGGCCGCAGAGACUGCCCGCAAGACGCGGGAGUUCAGGUCCCCGCCACAGGAGCAGGUCAACAUGCUGAUGAACUUCAAGAACUUCACUGAGGACCAGGAUUCCCCUGUGCCAGAGGAAGUCAGAGACUCUCUGCUGGUGUUUCACAUGGACCUUCUGGCACACUGUGGCGUCCACAUCGAUGAGGAGCAGGAGGAGGAGGAGCUGGACUCCUCCGUCCGCGGCCGGCUGCUCCGCCUCCUGGAGAGGGUGCGGAAGUUCCGUGAGAAGAAGGUGGAGGCGGAGCCUGAAGUGGAGGAGGAGAAGAAACCUGGCACCCUGCAGGAGCUGGUGUCCCACACCAUGAUCCACUGGGCCCAGGAGUCCUUCAUCCAGAACCCUGAGCUAGUACGCAUGAUGUUCAGCCUGCUCCACCGGCAGUACGACGGCCUGGGGGAGCUGAUCCGGGCCCUGCCCAAGGCCUACACCAUCAACAUGGUGUCCAUCCAGGACAUCAUGGACCUGCUGGAGUGCCUGGGCCAGAUCCGCUCGCUGCUCAUCGUGCAGAUGGGGCCCGAGGAGGAGAGGCUCAUGAUCCAGAGCAUCGGGAACAUUAUGAGCAAUAAGGUGUUCUACCAGCACCCUAACUUGAUGCGAGCCCUGGGCAUGCACGAGACCGUCAUGGAGGUCAUGGUCAACGUGCUGGGGGGCGGCGACUCAAAGGAGAUCAGGUUUCCCCGGAUGGUGACGAGCUGCUGUCGGUUCCUCUGCUACUUCUGUCGCAUCAGUCGGCAGAACCAGCGCUCCAUGUUCGACCACCUCAACUACCUUCUGCAGAACAGCGGCAUCGGCCUCGGAAUGCGCGGCUCUACCCCCCUGGAUGUGGCGGCCGCCUCCUGUAUUGACAACAAUGAGUUGGCGUUGGCCCUGCAAGAACAGGACCUUGAAAUGGUGGUCAAGUAUUUAGCAGGAUGUGGACUCCAGAGCUGCCCGAUGCUGCUGUCCAAGGGCUAUCCUGACAUCGGCUGGAACCCCUGUGGUGGGGAGAAGUACCUGGACUUCCUCCGCUUCGCCGUGUUUGUCAACGGGGAGAGCGUGGAGGAGAAUGCCAACGUGGUUGUACGGCUGCUGAUCCGUCGUCCUGAGUGCUUCGGGCCAGCCCUGAGAGGGGAGGGCGGCAACGGUCUGCUGGCCGCUAUAGAGGAGGCCAUCAAGAUAUCUGAAGACCCUGCCAGGGACGGACCUACCGUCAAGAAGGACCGACGCUUCCCCAUGUUUGGAGGAGAGGAGCAGCACGAGGAGAACAAGGUCCACCUGGGGAACGCCAUCAUGUCCUUCUACUCUGCCCUCAUUGACCUGCUGGGGCGCUGUGCUCCAGAGAUGCACUUGAUCCAGGCGGGGAAGGGAGAGGCGCUGAGGAUCAGGGCCAUCCUGAGGUCUCUGGUCCCCAUCGAGGACCUGGUGGGGGUCAUCAGCCUGUCUCUGCAGAUCCCCUCCUUUGGAAAAGACAACACCAUCAUCGAGCCCAAGAUGUCGGCCAGCUUCGUGCCGGACCACAAGGCCCCCAUGGUGCUGUUCCUGGACAGAGUGUACGGCAUCGAAAACCAGGACUUCCUGCUCCACGUGCUGGAGGUGGGCUUCCUGCCCGACAUGAGGGCUGCUGCUUCCCUGGACACGGCGGCAUUCUGCACCACCGAGAUGUCCCUGGCUCUGAACCGCUACCUGUGCUCGGCCGUGCUGCCCCUCAUCACCAAGUGUGCGCCUCUGUUCGCCGGCAGCGACCACCGGGCCAUCAUGAUCGACUCCAUGCUGCACACCAUCUACCGGCUGUCCCGCGGCCGGGCCUUCACCAAGGCCCAGAGGGACAUCAUCGAGGAGUGCCUCAUGGCCCUCUGCAAACAUCUUCGUCCCUCUAUGCUCCAGCAUCUGCUCAGACGGCUGGUAUUCGACGUUCCAAUACUCAACGAGUACGCCAAAAUGCCACUGAAGCUCUUGACCAAUCACUAUGAGCGUUGCUGGAAGUACUACUGCCUACCAAACGGCUGGGGCAACUUUGGCGUCGCCUCAGAGGAGGAACUGCAUCUGACCCGCAAGCUGUUCUGGGGGAUCUUUGAGUCCCUUGCACACAAGAAGUUUGAUGCUGAGAUCUUUAAGAUCUCCAUGCCGUGUAUCUGCGCCAUCGCCGGGGCCAUCCCCCCGGACUACGUGGACGCCACCUACUCCUCCAAGACGGAGAAGAAGGCCUCCGUGGACGCAGAGGGGAACUUCGAUCCCAAGCCAGUGGAGACCACCAACACUAUCAUUCCCGAGAGAUUGGAUUUUUUCAUUAACAAAUACGCUGAACACACCCAUGAUAAAUGGGCUUCUGAGAAGAUCCAGAACAACUGGUCGUACGGGGAGGUACUGGAUGAGAAUGCAAAGACACAUCCCAUGCUGAGACCCUACAAGACCUUCUCAGAGAAGGACAAAGAGAUCUACCGCUGGCCAAUCAAAGAGUCCAUCAAAGCCAUGCUGGCGUGGGAGUGGACCAUCGACAAGGCCCGGGAGGAGGAGGAGACGGAGAAAAAGAAGACGGCCUCUAGAAAGAUCUCCCAGACCGCCCAGGCGACGUACGACCCAAGCCACGGCUACAGCCCUCAGCCAAUUGAGAUCUCACACAUGGCUCUGUCCAGGGAUCUGCAGUCGAUGGCAGAACAGCUGGCAGAGAACUACCACAAUACGUGGGGACGCAAGAAAAAGAUGGAGCUAACGUCCAAAGGAGGCGGGACUCAUCCUCUGCUGGUGCCCUAUGACACACUGACGGCCAAGGAGAAGGCCAGAGACAGAGAGAAGGCCCACGAGCUGCUCAAGUUCCUUCAGCUCAACGGCUACGCCGUCACCAGGGGUCUGAAGGACAUGGAGUCGGACAUCUCGUCCAUAGAGAAGAGGUUUGCGUAUGGCUUCCUGCAGAAGCUGCUCAAGUGGAUGGAGAUCGCACAGGAGUUCAUCGCUCAUCUGGAGGCUGUGGUAAGCAGUGGGCGUGUGGAGAAGUCCCCACAUGAACAGGAAAUCAAGUUCUUUGCCAAGAUCCUGUUGCCUCUGAUCAACCAGUACUUCAAGAACCACUGUCUCUACUUCCUGUCUACACCCGCCAAAGUUCUGGGCAGCGGUGGACACUCCUCCAAUAAGGAGAAGGAGAUGAUAGCCAGUAUAUUCUGUAAAAUGGCUGCUCUGGUGAGACAUAGAGUGUCUCUCUUCGGAACUGACGCGCCGGCCAUUGUGAACUGUCUCCACAUCCUGGCACGUUCACUGGACGCAAGGACUGUGAUGAAGUCGGGGCCUGAGAUUGUAAAGGCGGGGUUGCGCUCCUUCUUCGAGGGCGCUGCGGAUGAUAUUGAAAAAAUGGUGGAAAACCUAAAACUGGGAAAAGUAUCAAAGGGCAACCAGCAAGUGAAGGGCGUGUCCCAGAACAUCAACUACACCACCAUCGCCCUGCUCCCUGUGCUGACCUCCCUGUUCGACCACAUCGCUCAGCACCAGUUCGGAGACGACGUCAUGUUGGAUGAUCUGCAGAUGUCCUGCUACCGCAUCAUGUGCUCUAUCUACUCCCUGGGCACCGUCAAGAACCCACACGUUGAGAGGCAGAGGCCCGCUCUGGGGGAGUGUCUGGCUCACCUGGCGGCGGCCAUGCCGGUGGCCUACAUGGAGCCCAACCUCAACGAGUACAACGCCUUCUCCGUCUACACCACCAAGACACCGCGGGAGAGGGCCAUCCUGGGUCUCCCCAGUGAGGUCCAUGAGCUGUGUCCGGACAUCCCCCAGCUGGACUUCCUGCUGAAAGACAUUGGGGAGCUGGCGGAGUCGGGGGCCCGCUACACGGAGAUGCCCCACGUGAUCGAGAUCACCCUGCCCAUGCUGUGCAACUACCUGCCCCGCUGGUGGGAGAGGGGGCUGGAGAACUUCCCCGAGCAGGAGAACCAGCUGUGCACGGAGGUCACCUCGGAGCACCUCAACCAGCUGCUGGGCAGCAUCAUGAAGAUCGUGGUCAACAACCUGGGCAUCGACGAGGCCUCCUGGAUGAAGAGGCUGGCGGUGUUCUCCCAGCCCAUCGUGAGCAGGGCCAAGCCCGAGAUGCUCAAGUCCCACUUCAUCCCAACCAUGGAGAAGCUGAAGAAGCGCACGGGCAAGGUGGUGGCUGAGGAGGACCACCUCCGCAUGGAGGGCAAGUCGGAGGGCGACGAGGAGGACGGCACCAUCCGGGACGAGUUCGCCGUGCUCUGCAGGGACCUGUACGCCCUGUACCCGCUGCUCAUCCGCUACGUGGACAACAACAGGGCCCGCUGGUUGACCUGUCCCGACCCCGACGCAGAGGAGCUGUUCAGGAUGGUUGGAGAGGUCUUCAUAUUCUGGUCCAAGUCUCACAACUUCAAGCGAGAGGAGCAGAACUUUGUGGUGAUGAACGAGAUCAACAACAUGUCGUUCCUCACUGCCGACAGCAAGAGCAAGAUGAGCAAGGGCGGAGACUCAGAGGGAGGGGGAUCGGACGCGGAGCGUACCAAGAAGAAGAAGCGGGGGGACCGCUACUCGGUGCAGACGUCUCUGAUCGUGGCGGCGCUGAAGAAGAUGCUGCCCAUCGGCCUGAACAUGUGCUCCCCGGCCGACCAGGAGCUCAUCAACAUGGCCAAGAUACGAUACUCUCUGAGAGACACGGAUGAGGAGGUCCGAGAGUUUCUGCUCAACAACCUGCACUUCCAGGGAAAGGUGGACAACCCGUCCAUGCGCUGGCAGAUGACGCUGUACAAGGAGAUGGCCGGGAAGGCAGAGGACGCUGACGCCCCCGACAAGGUGGUGAAGAGGGUGCAGGAGGUCUCUGCUGUCCUCUACCAUCUGGAGCUGACGGAGCACCCGCUAAAGUCCAAGAACAUGGUGUGGCACAAGCUGCUGUCCAAGCAGCGGCGCCGGGCCGUGGUGGCCUGCUUCAGGAUGACCCCCCUGUACAACCUCCCAAGGCACAGAGCUUCCAACAUGUUCCUGGAAGGAUACAAGAGGAACUGGAUCCAUACGGAGGGAUACUCCUUUGAAGACCGCAUGAUUGAUGAUCUUUCUAAAGCCAUGGAGCAGGAGGAAGGAGAAGAGGAAGAGGAGAAAGAGGCCAAGCCGGAUCCGCUUCAUCAGCUCAUUCUGCAUUUUAGUCGAACCGCUCUGACAGAAAAGAGUAAACUUGAUACAGAUCACCUCUAUAUGGCAUAUGCCGAUAUCAUGGCAAAGAGCUGCCACCUAGAGGAAGAGGACGAGGAGGAGGAGGAGGAGGAUGUGGGGCAGGAUGAGAUGUCCUUUGAGGAAAAGGAAAUGGAGAAGCAGAGACUGCUGUACCAACAGUCUCGCCUCCACAACCGCGGCGCUGCCGAGAUGGUCCUGCAGAUGAUCAGCGCCUGCAAAGGUGAAACGGGCCCUAUGGUGUCCUCGACCCUAAAGCUGGGCAUCUCAAUCCUCAACGGAGGCAACUGUGAGGUCCAGCAGAAAAUGCUGGAGUAUUUGAGGGAUAAAAAGGAUGUAGGAUUCUUCCUGAGCGUCCAGGCACUGAUGCAAACGUGCAGUGUCCUGGAUCUGAACGCCUUUGAGAGGCAGAACAAGGCAGAGGGUCUUGGCAUGGUCUCAGAGGAAGGAACGAAGAAGAGAGAACAGGGUGAGAAAGUCAUGGCGGACGAUGAGUUCACAUGUGAUCUCUUCCGCUUCCUGCAGCUGCUGUGUGAAGGACACAAUAACGAUUUCCAGAACUACUUGCGUACGCAGACAGGAAGCACCACCACCAUCAACAUCAUCAUCUGCACCGUGGAUUACCUACUGCGCUUACAGGAGUCCAUCAGCGACUUCUAUUGGUACUACUCUGGCAAGGAGAUCAUCGAUGAGCCGGGCAAGAAGAACUUCUCCAAAGCCAUGAUAGUGGCCAAGCAGAUCUUCAACAGUCUCACUGAGUACAUCCAGGGUCCGUGCACGGGGAACCAGCAGUCCCUGGCACACAGCCGGCUCUGGGACGCCGUGGUGGGCUUCCUGCACGUCUUUGCCCACAUGAUGAUGAAGUUGGCGCAGGACUCCAGUCAGAUCGGCUUACUGAAGGAGCUCCUGGAUCUUCAGAAAGAUAUGGUCGUCAUGCUGCUUUCCUUGUUAGAAGGAAACAUCGUGAACGGCAUGAUUGCCCGCCAGAUGGUGGACAUGCUGGUGGAGUCCUCCAGCAACGUGGAGAUCAUCCUCAAGUUCUUCGACAUGUUCCUCAAGCUGAAGGACAUCGUGGCAUCGGACGCCUUCCGCGACUACGUCACCGACCCGCGCGGCCUCAUCUCCAAGAAGGACUUCCAGAAGUCCAUGGACAGCCAGAAGCAGUACGCGCCCUCCGAGAUCCAGUUCCUGCUGUCCUGCUCGGAAGCCGACGAGAACGACAUGAUCAACUACGACGAGUUCGCCAACCGCUUCCAGGAGCCCGCCAAGGACAUCGGCUUCAACAUCGCCGUGCUGCUCACCAACCUGUCGGAGCACGUGCCGCACGACGCGCGGCUCAAGAACUUCCUGGCGCAGGCCGAGAGCGUCCUCAACUACUUCCGGCCCUUCCUCGGCCGCAUCGAGAUCAUGGGCGCCAGCCGCAAGAUCGAGCGCAUCUACUUUGAGAUCAGCGAGGUGAACCGCAAGCAGUGGGAGAUGCCGCAGGUCCGGGAGUCCAAGCGGCAGUUCAUCUUCGACGUGGUGAACGAGGGCGGUGAGUCGGAGAAGAUGGAGAUGUUUGUGAACUUCUGCGAGGACACCAUCUUUGAGAUGAACAUCGCCUCGCAGAUCUCGGAGCAGGAGGAGGAGGAGAAGGGGGAGGACGACGACGAGGAGGUACCCGAGGGGGCCGUGGACGGGGCGGCGACGGCGGCCGGGGAAGGGGGCGGCGGAGGGGGCGACGAGGAGCUCACCGGAGAGGAGGCGCCGCCCGAGUCGAGCUCGGCCUUCGGCGACUUCAUCAACAGCGUGCUGGGCUUCCUGGCCAUCUUCACCUUCCGCAACCUGCGGCGGCAGUACCGCCGCGUGCGGAGGAUGACGGUGAAGGAGAUCGUGGUGGCCCUGACCGUGUUCUUCUGGACCGUCCUGGUCAGCAUCCUGCACUUCAUCUACAGCGUGUGCAAGGGCUUCUUCAUGCUCAUCUGGCACGCGCUGUUCGGCGGCGGCCUGGUGGAGGGCGCCAAGAACAUCACCGUGACGGAGAUCCUGGCCAGCAUGCCGGACCCCACCCAGGACGACGUGCACGCCGACCUGCCCGGGGAGCCGGGGGGCGGGGAGGUGCAGGACGCGGGCGGGCUGACGGACACGGGGGACGCGGGCACCGGGGACGAGGAGGAGGACGACUCGGGGGACAUGGAGGGGGGCAGGGUGGCGGGUGCGGACGCCCCGGGCGGGCUGGGCGACAUGGGGGUGGAGGCGGCCGUGGAUCCGCCCACACCGGAGGGGACCCCCAUCACCAGGAGGAAGAAGGCCCCAGCGGAGGCUGACGCCGGGCCGGUUCUCCCCGAGCCCCCAGCACCCGUCCCGGAGCCCGAGAAAGCAGAUGUUGAAAAUGGAGAGAAGGCAGAACCCAGAGAGGAGGAGAAACGCCCGCGACCGAAGAAGGCGGUGGCCAAGAAGGAGAAGCCCAGGAGAGAGGGCGGCUUCCAGAUCUGGACGGAGCUGGACAACCAGAGGAACAAGUUCAUGAAUUACCUCUCCAGGAACUUCUACAACCUCCGCUUCCUAGCGCUGUUCCUGGCCUUCGCGCUGAACUUCAUUCUGCUGUUCUACAAAGUGUCCGACGGCCCUCUAGGCGCCGAGGACGAGAUGGAAGCUUCCGGAAUGUUCGAGGGCAGCGCCAUGUUGGAGGGUUCCGGUCUGUUUGAAGGUUCCGGGGAGGAGGUGGAGGGGUCCGGGAUGGGCGAGGGAGCGGAGGAAGAGGAGGAGGAGGAGCCGGGGCCGGUGUACUUCUUCCUGGAGGAGAGCACCGGGUACAUGCAGCCCACCAUGUCCUUCCUGUCCGUGCUGCACACCGUCAUCUCCUUCAUCUGCAUCAUCGGCUACAACUGCCUCAAGAUCCCCCUGGUGAUCUUCAAGCGGGAGAAGGAGCUGGCCAGGAAGCUGGAGUUUGACGGAAUGUACAUCACAGAGCAGCCUGAGGACGACGACAUCAAGGGCCAGUGGGACCGCCUGGUCCUCAACACGCCCUCUUUUCCAAACAACUACUGGGACAAGUUUGUCAAGAGAAAGGUCCUGGAUAAGUACGGGGACAUCUACGGCCGGGAGCGCAUCGCCGAGCUGCUGGGGGUGGACCUGGCCUCGCUGGACGUCAGCAAGGAGCACGAGAAGAAGACUGAGGAGCCCGACAACUCCAUGUUCACCUGGGCUACCCAGUCCGACCUCAAGUACCAGAUCUGGAAGUUUGGGGUUAUUUUUACCGAUGGUACCUUCCUUUACCUGUGCUGGUACCUCAUCAUGUCCCUGCUGGGACACUACAACAACUUCUUCUUCGCCUGCCACCUGCUGGACAUCGCCAUGGGCGUCAAGACACUGCGCACCAUCCUGUCCUCCGUCACCCACAACGGCAAACAGCUCAUGAUGACGGUGGGUCUCCUGGCCGUGGUGGUCUACCUCUACACCGUGGUGGCCUUCAACUUCUUCAGGAAGUUCUACAACAAAGGGGAGGAAGGGGAGGAGCCCAACAUGAAGUGUGACGACAUGAUGACCUGCUACCUGUUCCACAUGUACGUGGGCGUGCGAGCGGGCGGUGGUAUCGGGGAUGAGAUCGAGGACCCAGCGGGGGACGACUACGAGAUUUACCGGGUGGUCUUCGACAUCACCUUCUUCUUCUUCGUCAUCGUCAUCCUGCUCGCCAUCAUCCAAGGUCUGAUCAUCGACGCGUUUGGAGAACUCAGGGAUCAACAAGAGCAGGUUAAAGAAGACAUGGAGACCAAGUGCUUCAUCUGCGGCAUCGGCAGCGACUACUUCGACACGACGCCGCACGGCUUCGAGACGCACACCUUUGACGAGCACAACCUGGCCAACUACAUGUUCUUCCUCAUGUACCUCAUCAACAAAGACGAGACGGAGCACACUGGCCAGGAGUCGUAUGUGUGGAAGAUGUACCAGGAGCGAAGCUGGGACUUCUACCCUGCUGGGGACUGCUUCAGGAAGCAGUAUGAGGACCUGCUCUCCUAGUGACCGCCACAACCACCAGAUCCCUUUACCAACCGCUGCCUCAGCAGGAAGACUCCGCUGCUGUGCGGGAACGAUCGGAUCCAGAUUCAUACGCAACUACUAGUAGUUAUGCAGGAGGGUGUGUAGUUAUACACAGCUACCCGUUGUUACAUAUAUACCAGUACCUGUUAUAGCGGUUAUGCAGAUGACCGCGUGGUGAUGUAUUGGCUGGCAAAACACUGGUUAUCAACAAAGCACCUCGACCGAUCUCCUCUGGCGGCCAACUGUAUCCGUGCUUCGCAUCGUGAUGCGCUUACAAAAGGCUCACAAUCUUUACUGUCCAGUGGGUAAAUUAAAUCUUUACAAUCACUUGACCUGCGAGACCUCUCCUUACAAACACUGCUUGUUCUGGGUGUCAUGAUACUCAGCCUCCCCCCAGUUGGAAGCUGCGUCGUUCAAGUCUGUUUUAUAAAGAAUACUAUGGCUGUGUUAUAAAGUUUUAAAUCUUUGUACAAUCUGUAAAGGGGGAAAUCUCCUAAAUGAGUAGCAACAUGAUGUUACAGUGUAGCUCAGUUACAGUACCAUGUUCGCUUCUUGUUCUCCAAUGCAACAAACAUUUCUAUUGUCAAUCCAAAACACAUGCAGUAAUCAUGUUGUAAUUGUAAUUUUCCUUCUACCAAGUGAUCCAGCUGUAGGAGUCAAAUGUUUGAUUUUAAUUUAUUUCAUUUUAUUUAGUCUGUGUUCAUUGCUAUUUAUUGUGAAGGCAUAAAAUAUAUCUUUGUCUUGAUUAAAAUGUGAUUAAAGUUAAAUAAAUCAAAAUUGGAACAAAGAGCCUUUAUUCCUUUAAUAGUGACGCACGGUAUGCUUCUGUUUAUUUCAAAACAUUUCUUUGCCUGAAGAUUUUUCAAGAAAGGAUUGAUUCGUUCCAAACAUGUGCGUCCAAACAUGUGCGUGCGCGCAUGCAUGUGUGUGCACGUGUCUGUGUUUCUGUGUGCAAGUGAUGAGUAAGACAUCACAACAUAAGAGUUAUUUUCUUUGUAUACCAGAUAAUGCUAUAUUGUAAACUGGAUGAAGCCAGAUUUCAAGGAUAACCUCUUGUGUUCUGAUGCGUUUAACCUGAGAGCCGUUUUGCAUAACCAAUACCACCAAUAAAUAUGUUUUCUUUGGUGAA